AUGGAAGGUAUUCUUGAUUUCUCUAAAGAUUUAGAUAUCAAUUUAUUAGAUCAGGUUGUGAGCACUUUUUACACUAGUUCAGGUGCUCAACAAAAGGAAGCUCAAACUAUUUUGACCAAAUUUCAGGAGCAUCCGGAUGCUUGGCAGCGUGCGGAUCAAAUCCUACAAUUUUCUAAAAAUCCUCAGACCAAAUUUAUCGGUCUAUCUAUCCUUGAUAAAUUAAUCACUACGAAAUGGAAACUAUUACCAAAUGAACAAAGAAUAGGUAUCAGAAACUUUGUUGUCGGUAUGAUUAUUUCAAUGUGCCAAGAUAAUGCACUUUUCGAAAAUUCUAAGAAUUUAAUUAAUAAAUCGGAUUUAACUUUGGUUCAGAUCCUUAAGCAGGAAUGGCCACAGAAUUGGCCUGAGUUUAUUCCUGAAUUGAUCGGGUCUUCCACCUCAUCCUUAAACGUAUGCGAAAAUAACAUGGUUAUUUUAAAAUUGUUGUCUGAAGAGGUCUUUGAUUUUUCUGCUGAACAAAUGACUCAAGCAAAAGCUUUACAUUUGAAAAAAUCCAUGUCUAAAGAAUUUGAACAGAUUUUUAAACUAUGUUACCAAGUUUUGGAACAAGCAAAUUCAUCCUCUACCUUAAUUGUGGCCACUUUGGAGUCGUUACUUAGAUAUCUACAUUGGAUCCCAUACCGUUACAUUUAUGAGACUAAUAUAUUACAACUAUUAAGUACCAAGUUCCUUUCUUCUUCAAAUACAAGAUCCGUGACUUUGAAGUGUUUAACAGAAGUGUCUAACUUAGAAUUACCACUCAACAAUCCUUCAAUUGUCACUCAAACUGUUCUAUAUUUCCAAAACGCUUUACAACAGAUCUCUACUAAUGUCAUCCCUAUAGAUGCAGACUUGAAAGCUACUUACAAUUCGGCUAAUGGUAAUGAUCAAUCCUUCUUACAAGAUUUUGCAAUGUUUUUGACUACAUAUCUGACUAACCAUAGAUCCUUAUUGGAAAGUGAUGAAAAUUUAAGAGAUUUGCUGAUCAAUGCCCACCAAUACUUAAUUCAAUUGUCAAAGAUUGAUGAAAGAGAACUGUUCAAAACCACUUUGGAUUAUUGGAAUAACCUCGUUUCCUCCUUAUUUCAAGAGGUUCAAAAGAUUCCUGUCAAUGAAAUGAAUCCAUUGAUGCAAUUAACUGUAGGUAACCAAUCCGUAUCAACUGGGUCGGGUGCUUUGAACCCAGAGUACAUGAAACGAUUCCCAUUAAAGAAACAUAUAUAUGAGAAUAUUUGUUCUCAAUUAAGAUGGGUUAUUAUUGAAAAUAUGGUUAGACCAGAAGAAGUCCUUGUUGUGGAGAACGAUGAAGGUGAGAUUGUUAGAGAGUUUGUUAAGGAAUCAGAUACAAUCCAAUUAUAUAAAUCUGAAAGAGAGGUGCUAGUCUAUUUGACCCAUUUGAAUGUUGUUGAUACUGAACAAAUCAUGAUUAACAAAUUAGCUAGGCAGAUCGAUGGUUCUGAAUGGUCCUGGCAUAACAUUAAUACCCUGUCAUGGGCCAUUGGGUCUAUCUCAGGUACUAUGAGUGAGGACACUGAAAAAAGAUUCGUGGUUACUGUGAUUAAGGAUCUUUUGGCCUUGACUGAAAAGAAAAGGGGCAAAGAUAAUAAAGCUGUGGUGGCAUCAGAUAUUAUGUAUGUUGUGGGUCAAUAUCCAAGAUUCCUAAGAGCACAUUGGAAUUUUUUGAGAACUGUUGUGUUAAAACUAUUUGAAUUUAUGCAUGAAACCCAUGAGGGUGUCCAAGAUAUGGCAUGUGAUACUUUUAUAAAGAUUGUUCAAAAAUGUAAGUACCACUUUGUUAUCCAACAACCACGUGAAUCCGAACCAUUCAUUCAAACCAUUAUCAAAGAUAUUCAGAAGACUACAAGUGAUUUACAACCACAACAAGUCCAUACUUUCUAUAGAGCAUGUGGUAUAAUCAUAUCUGAGGAGAGAAACCAAGCUGAAAAAAUUAGAUUGUUGGGUGAUUUGAUGCAAUUACCCAAUAUGGCAUGGGAUGCUAUUGUAGAACAAUCUACCGCCAAUCCAUCGUUAUUGUUAGAUUCAGAGACUGUUAAAAUUAUUGCCAACAUCAUAAAAACUAAUGUUGCUGUCUGUACAUCGAUGGGUGCAGAUUUUUAUUCCCAAUUAGGUCAUAUCUAUUAUAAUAUGUUACAAUUGUAUCGUGCGGUGUCCUCAAUGAUUUCAAAUCAAGUAGCCACAGAAGGAUUAAUUGCUACAAAAACUCCAAAAGUACGUGGUCUAAGAACGAUUAAAAAAGAAGUGCUAAAAUUAAUUGAAAUUUAUAUUAACAAUGCUAAGAAUUUAGAUGAUAUAGUUAAAGUGUUAGUGGAACCUUUGUUAAAUGCAGUGUUAGAAGAUUAUAUGAACAAUGUCCCAGAUGCAAGAGAUGCAGAAGUGUUAAAUUGUAUGACUACUGUAGUUAGUAAAGUUGGUCAUAUGAUUCCACAGGGUGUCAUAUUAAUCUUACAAAGUGUCUUCGAAUGCACGUUAAAUAUGAUAACCAACGAUUUCACAGAAUAUCCAGAACAUAGAGUUGAGUUUUAUAAAUUGCUAAAGGUGAUUAAUGAAAAAUCAUUUAGAUCAUUUCUGGAGUUACCACCUGCAGCAUUCAAAUUGUUUAUUGAUUCUAUCUGUUGGGCCUUUAAACAUAAUAAUAGAGAUAUUGAGGUCAAUGGUCUUUCAAUUGCAUUACAAUUAAUUAAAAACAUUGAGAUGAUGAAUAACAGUGGGGAUGAAACAAGUGUGCAAUUUGCCAACAAUUUCUAUCAAAACUACUAUUUCUUAUUUAUAAGUGAAACGUUCUAUGUUUUAACCGAUAGUGAUCAUAAAUCUGGGUUCUCUAAACAAUCAUUAUUAUUGAUGAGAUUAAUUUCAUUGAUAUACGAUAAUAAGAUCCAAGUACCAGUUUAUAAAAACGGUGAUGCACCAGAGGGUACAUCGAACCAAAUUUUCUUGAAUCAAUAUCUAUCGAAUAUGUUAGCCAAUGCGUUCCCACAUUUGACAGCAGAACAGAUCACUAAUUUCUUAAAUGCAUUGACUAAACAAUAUAGGGAUUCGAUAAAGUUCAGUGGUAUAUUAAGAGAUUUCUUGGUACAAAUUAAAGAAUAUGGUGGUGAUCCAACAGAUUAUUUGUUUGCAGAGGAAAGAGAAAAUGAAUUAAACGAACAGAAUAGGAUUCAAAAAGAACAAGCAGCCAAAGUUGGUGGGUUAUUGAAACCAUCUGAAAUAGAUGAUUAA